GAGUCAAUGUGUAGCAAACUGGAUGAAAGCUCAGUGAUAUUAUUUUUGUUACUUUAAAUGUCGGAUGUAUAUUCACGUGGUCGUGGUCGUGGUCGUGGUCGUGGUCGGUCGCGUUCGACAUCAGGGCCUCCUUCACGGCCACCACCCGGAAGAGGCUCGGGGAGAAAAUCUCAAGAUGACAGACGACUGGCAGCAAUCGACGUAAAAAGCAAGGAAACUGAGGUUGAUAAAGCACAAGAUGAAAUGAAACCUCCGCGAAGGCCCGGACCAGGCGCAAAAGGCAAAGAAAUCGCGCUAAGGACCAACCGGUUGUCUGUGAGUGUUGGUAUGGAUACCAUUCAUCACUAUGACGUCAAAUUCGACCCGGAGCCUCGAAAAGCAAAGCAGAACGUGCGAAUCGUGCAAGUGUUGACGGAGACGUUCGCACAAGAGUUGGGCGGAGCGAAACCGGCAUAUGACGGAAGGGCGAAUCUGUUUACUGCGAAACUGCUGCCGUUUCCGGACAGAGAGGGAAAGUUCAGUGUGACGUUGAAAUUGGAGCCUGAUGAUGUGGAAGAGAAGACUUUUAAGGUGGUUAUUCAUUGGGUUGCUGAUGUGAACGUUCAACAACUGAAAGACGUCGUCUCUGGAAAAAUACAGUUUUUUCCAUUUGACGUCCUUCAAACUCUUGACAUCAUCAUGAGAAUGACUCCAAGGCUCAGAUUUCACACUGUUGGAAGGUCCGUGUUUCGACCGCCUGACCCAAUGACAAGUGAACGCAUUGAACUAGGACAAGGAAGGGAAGUCUGGUUUGGAUAUCAUCAAAGUGUGAGACCGAGCAUGUGGAGUCUGGAUCUUACUGUUAAUGUCUCUGCUACUGCUUUUUAUGAAGACUGUUCUGUGUAUGAUUUUCUCUGCAAAACUCUUAACUUGAGUUGUGAGCAUGAGAUUACCAGACCACUAAACGAGAGAGACAGGAUCAAAUUCUUGAGAGAAAUUAGAGGACUGAAGGUUGCUGUAACACAUUUAGGGAGACAGAAGCGGAAAUACUCGGUUGUUGAUGUUACCCAAGUCGGAGCUGAUCAGCUGGUGUUCCCUUUUGUUAAAGAUGAUGGUACGACUGUCGACUGCACUGUACAAAAAUAUUUCUUGGACAAAUACAACACAAGACUUAAGUAUUCGUUUCUUUCGUGUCUACAAGUUGCACCGUUUGAAAAGAAGCGCUUUCUUCCAAUUGAGGUCUGUACAAUUGCUCCUGGACAACGUUGUGUAAAGAAACUAACCGAACAACAGAUGGCACAAAUGAUCAAACGAACAGCACGUAGUGCACCUGACAGAGAACAAGAAAUACGACAAAUAAUUUCUGAGGCAGCCUUCUGUAGUGAUCCUUACCUUCAAGAGUUUGGGAUUCGUGUUGAUUCUAGGAUGUGUGAACUGAAAGGGCGUGUGUUGUCACCACCACAGAUGAAUGUGGGAGACAAUGUAGAGUUUUAUCCUUCUCAAGGUGAAUGGAACAUGAGAGAAAGGACUUUCUUUGAAGGAAAGAGCGUUGACUGUUGGGCAUUGCUCUCAUUUACUUCAGAACGAGAGUUUGAUCAGAAAGCUUCAAGAUAUUUUUCAAGUCAACUGCAGCGAAUGAGUAGAACGCUAAACAUGCCAAUCACAAGAGGCCCUUCGUUUAUAAGAUCUGCUCCAACUGCUGAUCAGCUUGCCACUUGGUUUGAUCAAAUGGAUAAGAAAUUCGGAAGUGAUUUGAAGUUGAUAAUUGUAGUUACUUCACCUCGAGUGAGAGGAGGAUACGAUGAAGUCAAGAAAUUGGGUGAUAUUGUGUAUGGCAUUCCAACUCAGUGUAUCCAACUACGAAGGGCUGUGGAGUGUCGACCUCAGGUUCUUGCCAACAUUUGUUUGAAAAUAAAUGCCAAGCUUGGAGGAACAAAUUAUGUCAUUGCAGCAGAAGAGAGGAGUCGUGUUUUAAAAGAGCCUGUCAUGUUUUUGGGAGCCGACGUCACGCAUCCUGCACACGGAGAGAAAGAUGAUCGAUGGCCAUCGAUAGCAGCCGUUGUCGGUAGUAUGGAUCGUCACGCUUGUAAGUAUGCAGGCCAUGUGUGUAUCCAGAAACAGAGGCAGGAAAUCAUAUCUAAUCUAACGGAAAUGGUCAAAGGCCUACUGGAAGAGUUCUACAGACAAACAACAAAAGCACCCAAACGAAUUGUCUUCUACCGAGACGGUGUCAGUGAGGGACAAUUUCAACAGGUGCUCAUUGAAGAGCUGCGUGCAAUCCAGGCAGCUUGUAAGCUGCUUCAUUGCAACUAUAACCCAGGGAUUACUAUGAUUGUAGUCCAGAAGAGACACCACACUCGCUUUUUCCCUAUUAAUCGUAAAGACCAGACUGGAAAAUGUGGAAAUGUUCCACCCGGGACUGUAGUAGACACGGACAUAGUACAUCCCUCCGAAUUCGACUUCUUCCUUUGCAGUCAUCAUGGCAUACAGGGUACGAGUCGUCCUACUCACUAUCACGUGUUGUGGGAUGACAACGCGUUUACAGCAGACGAAUUACAGUCACUUACCUAUCACCUCUGCCACAUCUAUGUUCGCUGCACGAGAUCGGUUUCUCUGCCAGCUCCCGUCUACUAUGCUCAUUUGGCUGCUUAUCGAGCUCGAUGCUACCAAGAUCGUCCUACCUCAUCGGGUGGACGACGGAAUCCUCUGAAAAUGAUGUACUUUGCAUGAGGACAUGUGUACAACACGACAUGAUGUGUAUUGAUUAAUUGAGUGUAUUGAUUGGUUGAGUGUAUUGAUUGGUUGAGUGUAUUGUAUAUGUAUAUGUACAACAUGAUGUAUAUUGAUUAGUUGA